AAAAAUCCAGCAUCGCGGCAUCAUUCACAGCUUGCCCUGCCUUAGAUACAAGAGAUCCUGCAAGCAACAAAGCCUAAAGGAAGUAGCGAUGGUGUCCAGGACGGUGCUGGUCAUGGCAUACUGCUGUCUCGUGGCGUUCACGGAUGGGCGUGUGACUGCUUCGAAAGAGAACCUCGUGAUUUCGUCGCCAAUGGGCCUGCCAGCGGCGAGUGUGCUGGGAGCUAUGGCGUCCAGGACACUGGUGUGCAUGUUGGUCAUCUCGGCCUGCUCUCUUGCAGCGUUGGCGAGUCCUCGCGGGGUCACGACAACGACUGAUCCGUCGCCUCAGUCGUCGACUAAGAGUGACUCAACGGUACCGCACACAGAACUGAGUAGCCUCUUCGUCCACCCGUUCUACAAGACCAGCCCCAAACCCAGUAGAACAGAUGGGCAGCCCUCAAACGGAGAGGGCCCCGGCAGUUCGAACCCGCGUCCCCUACCCCCUCGGUCCCCACUACCACGUCGGUACCGUCCAAGGUUCGGCCUGGGACGUCCCGCCCUGUCCAAGGGCCUGUACCCGUCCUUCCAAGUCUACUCCGCCAAUGAAGGCCGCGGCGCACAUCAAGGCGAAGCAUCCGGGUUGGACUCGAAGACGGCAAGCCUGGACAAGGACCAAUACAGCAAGUCCAGCAAGGACAUUCACAAUUCGGGGACGCGAGAUAGCAAGGAUCCAUCGCCAGUGCCGCCUGUGAGCCCAGAACCACGAGUGAAUGGAACGCUAGCGGCGACAACCAACGGCACUGCCGACGAGGACGCCAGCGGUGUGACAGCCAUGGUGCUGUCCGAGUCGACCAUAUGGACGCUGGCGCUUUGCGCUACCAUGAUCGUUGCUGCCGUCGCCUUCUUCGCGGUAGUUCUCGCCGUCUGCCGCUGUCGGCAGCAGCGCGAGCGUCGCAAGCGAUUUAUGAAAACGCACAAGAACAUCCGGGUCAUGCAGAACAUGGUCAAGAUCGCCAAGCGCCGCCAGAGAGAAGCGAUGAUCGGCCAGGGACCAUUUGCCAGGACCUCCGCACCGUGAGAAACAGAAACCAAGCGUGAUUCGCAAACCACAAUGAGACAGUCCAAAGGUGUGGUGCUGUUCGUUUGCCCAUGUUAUACUAGGACAGUGAUAAGUCCAAUUUGGCGACAAGGAUAUUGGAAGUCGCAGGGCACACGAGCGUCAACCUCUCGUUCUUUUCAUUAACAGCCAUGUAUGUGGCCAACAACCACGGCCUAGCACAGCGGACAAGAGCUCCAGCAUCCAAAUCGGCAUAGUGAAAAUACAAAUCAACAUUCCAGCCAUGCAAGAUCACGAUCACGAAGCAAUGUCAUUCAGGAACCCCUUCGCAGAAACUGGUUUCCGUUGACACGGCUAAGAAAUAAUGGCGAUUCAACG